UAGUAACCUCUUAAGUUCCUUAUUACAUAUACGCGUGUAUGUUUUGAUACUGAGUUAUGUGAAGAAGAUGGCAUCAGUUGAUGAAAGUACAAGUAACAAGGACGAGGGAGAAUUAAAUACUAAAGAUGACUUAGAAGAAGAUAAGCAAACGUCAUGGUCCUUAGAACAAAAACAAAGAUUACUAGCAGAUGCCAUCAGUAUGAAAUCGCCCAUUGAUGAUAUCAAAUCAAUUCUAAAAUGCGGUGCUGAUAUCAAUGGACCCGUUAAAAAGGGAUUACGUCCCCUUCAUUAUGCCGCUUACGUGGAUUAUGUCGAAUGUGUCAAUUUUCUCAUUGACGAAGGUGCGGAUGUGAAUACUUCUGAUGAAAUCGGAUAUACACCACUCCAUUUGUGUGCCCGGAAAGGUGUGUAUGGUUCAAUGAAGGCGCUUAUCGAAAAGGGUGCGUUGGUAAAUUAUUGUGAUGCUGAUGAAAAUGAACUAGCGGAGAAUGUCAGAGCAAUCGGUUAUCUGACGAUGGAACCAUUAAACUUAGCCAUUGAAAACAACAAUGUCGAUUGUGUUAGACUUUUGUUAAAAAGCGGGGCACGCCCAAAUCACCAGUAUUUCAUUGGAUGCCAGUUAAAUGUCAUGAAUCUUGAGAAUUUGGAGUGUUUGGAAAUUUUAUUAGAAAAUGGUGCCGACCCGAAUUCGUUCAAUAGAUGUGGCAUUGCUCCAUUAAUGAAAGCUUGUCGAGAACAUAAUAUUGAAGCAGUAAGAAUAUUGAUUAAACAUGGCGCGGAUAUAAAUGCGCAAUGUCCGUCAAGAUUUGACCAGAAAUUUCCGAUACAUUUUUCAAUAGAAAGUGGCAAUAUUGCUAUAACGGAACUUCUCAUCGAAGAGGGAGCACAAUUAACCAGAUCAGAAAACUAUAGAUAUAGCCCGCUGCACGCGGCUAUUCUAAAAGGCCGCUCGGAUAUCGUCUAUUUCCUGCUUCUACAUAAUGCAGUUGUUGAUGAAACAACAGACGAUGGUUGUACUCCACUUAUGCUUGCUGCAGGAACUCCAGAACUGAAAGAACGUAAAGAAAUCAUCAAGAUACUGCUUGAACAUGGUGCAAAUGUAAACGCAAGUGCUCAGUACAUUAGUUACAUGCAUCCUUGUAUGUCACCCAUUGUCGAAUACUUAAAAUGUUCUCCUUACAACGCAGAAAAGGACAUUUUAUUAUUGCUGCUCAAGUAUGGAGCAAAAGUCAAUAUUCGUCUGGAUGUAUUAAGGUAUCGCAGACAGGAUCCAUUCGGAAUACUCAACUAUUUAGGUAACUGUUCAGACAAAGAAAUGAUGGAUAUACUGGUAUAUGCUGCUCAGGUUAUACAUAAAGAACAUAUACAAAAAAAUGAUAUUCUGAGUCCAGUGGAGCGUCGUUACCUUCUUAAACAUGCUAACACACCAAGACCUCUGAAGCAUACAAUACGAUUGUUAGUUCGAGAUCUCUUAGACGAUAAAGUACUAGACCGUGUGGAUCAGCUGCCGCUUCCGAGUUUCAUUAAGAAAUAUUUGCUAUAUGAAGUAAAUUAGAAAAAAAUGAUUGAAGGAUCUCAAAACUACUACAUCAGUAGAAUAUUUGUGUUUCGCUUGUUUUUCGUUUGAUAACAAAUACAAUAAUUUUUAAGACAAGAGGAUUUUGACAGCUAUCGAGGUCCAAACUAUACCGCCCCCGCGAUAUAGUCAAGGCUGUAAGCCGCUAUAUUUAUCAAUUAAUUAAGCAACCUAACUUUACUUCAGUCAAUUAAAAUGACUAAGGGGUGCAGGAUUUACAGUUCUCUAAAAGUUUGCUACUGCCAAGUUCAAGUGUUGUAUACAUAAUGUGAUAAAUUUUGCCAUU